AUGGCCAACACUUUGAGCUCGGGCUCGAGCGCUCCGCCCUUGAAGCCGUGGGAGAAACGACAACAAUUAGCUGCUGCUCACUCAGACGGCGACUUGCUGACGUCGAGUGGUGUCACUCAUCAUCAAUCUGCAGUCUCCACGACAGCAUCUCGAAUAAUUCCUAACAGCUCUGCAGUUCAAUCUACUACCGGAAUUUCAAAUCCAUUGGCGUCUACCUAUGGAGAUUCAGGAAAUGGACCAACGGGAUAUGGAGCUACUGGGUAUGGAGCUGCUAGGUACGGAGCUACUGGGUAUGGAGCUACUGGGUACGGAGCUACUGGGUAUGGAGCUGCUGGGUAUGGAGCUGCUGGGUAUGGAGCUGCUGGGUAUGGAGCUGCUGGGUACGGUGCGGGAUUGGGCUCGGCGUAUGGGACCGGGUACGGCGGGAUUGGAGGAGGUUAUGGGGGCAUGAACUCAUAUGGUGGACUUGGAGGGAAUGGAGGUGGAUAUGGAGCGUACGGAGGAGGGUAUGGAGGCAUGCCUUCGAGAAUGGGGUACGGUGGCAUGGGCAUAAUGGAUCCAAACACUGGAGAUCUCGGCUGGCUUUCGAGCUUCAACCAGAUUGUGAGCUCCAUCAGCCAGGUUACGGAACUACUAGGAAUGAACGCGGAAGCACUCAACUUUUGCAUCGGAUCCUUUGUUCACUUUCUGGAGCGAAUAGGAGCCAUGUGCGCUGGUAUUGCAACCAUGUUGGCACCUCGCCCGGUCUUUCCACCCGGUCAUCCACGACAUGGCGAACCGCCAGUGACCGAAGAGGAAGAGAAGAGUCGGAAGCGCAGAGUGCGCAUUUUCCAGUUUAUGGUGAGUAUGGCGGCACUCACGCUGCUAUACAAAGGACUGCGGUGGCUUGCACGGCUUCGGCUUAAGACACAUCGUAAGCUACUGGUUGCACCACCAUCCGAUGGCACUGGCCGAGAUUUGGAGCAGAUAUUUCAGCGCAUUGUGGGCGUCAGACGCGUCUAA